AUGCAGCGCUGUCUUUGCUUGGCAUCGCUGCUCUGCUCUGUUUCCAUGGAGGUAAUCUCCUUGGCUGAUACGCCAGAUCCCUCGCCGCAUUCGCUGGGGUCGCCGAUCCACCCUCCAGGAUUGGAACUUGCCGCCCCGUUGCCUCGAGUGAACUUGGAUGUCAUUUGUGUGCCACAAGCUGCUCCGCAAGCUGCCGACAUGCCUACGCCUACGAUCCAAGUCUCGGAGGAACUGCCUGGUGAGCUCCAGACUGAAGAGGACAUCGAUUGGGCAAUCGCUGGCGAAGUAGCAAGUUCCGCGUGUUGCUCCCUGUUCAAUUUCUUCUGGCCGUUCAACACCUGA